UUUUUUUGAAGAGACGAAACUUAUGAGCACUACCCAUUUUUGAAAUUCGAAAAUUCGAUUUUCAUUGGCACCCUACUGUUCAGUUUAGUCAGGCUGGCAUCCGCCGGUUCGUGCACAACACACAACACAGACAGGACAGACGCACAGGGUUUCUGACGUUCCCCGAACACGAGCAGGCCUUGACAUUCCUGGUUCAGCUGGCGCAACAAGAAGCCUUUCCAGCUGAGAUAGCAGCGUUGAACAAGAACAAUCCAGUCAGUCCAUCGUCUUCGAUAAGCAAGUUGAAUCCAGUUCUCGACAGUGGAAUCCUCUGUGUGGGAGGCAGACUAGCCAAGGCGCCAGUGUCAGCGAGUCGGAAACAUCCGAUGAUUUUGAGCCACCAUCAUCCACUGGCAAGGUUGGUCCUGCACCACUACCACUGCAAGCACUUCCAUUCCGGAUUGCAGCUUCUCGUGUCUACAGUUCGUGAGCGUUUCUGGAUCACGCGCAUCAGGAGUCUUGCUAAUUCUGUAUUGCACGAAAGCGUUCGUUGCUUCCGAACCAGGCCGAAGGUGCUAGACCAGCUUAUGGCUGAUCUUCCGUCGGAACGAGUCUCUCCGGCACCUCCAUUCCUUAGAGUAGGCGUGGAUUAUUGCGGACCGUUCUGGAUCAAGUACCCUGUUCGUCGCGCGACUUCCACGAAACAUUACGUCGCCAUUUUCAUCUGCCUCGUUACGAAGGCAGUCCAUCUCGAGUUGGCUAGCGAUCUCACUAGCGAAGCCUUCCUUGCCGCCUUCAAAAGGUUCGUGGCUCGCAGAGGAAAACCGAUCCUGGUCAUGUGCGACAACGCCACAAACUUCGUUGGAGCCAAGCGCCAACUGGAUGAACUACGACAGUUGUUCAUCGACCAAACGUUCCAGGAGUCCAUCGUCCGUGGAGCGAUCGAGGACGGCAUAGAUUUCCGCUUCAUUCCAGCAAGAUCUCCCAACUUCGGUGGUCUUUGGGAGGCCGCCGUGAAGUCCUUCAAGGGUCAUUUCAAGCGUACCAUCGGCGACCGUGUGCUGCAGUACGACGAGAUGAUCACCGUGUUGCCACAAGUUGAAGCGAUCCUCAACUCUCGGCCCCUCCCGCCGGUCAGUAACGAUCCGUCGGACUUCGAAGCGUUGACGCCAGGUCACUUCUUGGUUCAGCGACCGUUGACAGCAGUUCCAGAGCCAUCUCUAGAAGAUCUGCAGCGGAAUCGGCUGUCCAUGUGGCAGCAAGCGCAAGACUACGUUCAGCAAAUCUGGACCAAGUGGUCCACUCAGUAUCUGUCCGAUCUCCACAACCGGACCAAAUGGACCCGGAAACGGGACAACAUCUCUGUUGGGACUCUAGUCCUACUCAAAGAAGACAAGCUUCCGCCACUAAGGUGGAAAUUGGGCCGCGUCAUUCAAAUCCACCCCGGAUCAGAUGGCAACAUACGCGUUGUUACUGUGAAGGCCCAGGACGGCGAGUAUCAGAGGACCAUUUCAAAAAUUUGCGUCCUUCCGAUCCGCGACAACCUGGAGUCUGAGCAGAUCUAAUCUGCAUUCUUUCGUCGAUUCUACUGCUUCUUUGAACUGCCAACUCGUUCCAAAUUCCUGCCUACCGGAACCACUUGAGGUCUACAAAAUCAGUAUCCCAUUCGUCACCUGUUGGUCAUUCAGUGGCCAGCCACAAUUGUAUCGUUCUGCAUGUGUGAAGUCCACGGUGCCAUCCUGUCCGUCAUUUUGAAGCGUUCCCGAUUAUGUCGCCAUUUCCAUUUGCCAAGGUAGCAGAGGCGUUGCAUCCAUGCGUUCGUGGUGAAGGAGUAUCCAUGGCACCUCUAGAUCCGCCGGCGACCGCUUCAUCGGCUCGUCAACGUAGAAUGCGUCUGCAUCGUCCGCCCUACUGAAGCUUCACCAUUGCGCGACCGGGACAUCGUCGGUGCUUUGGCACCCGCGGAGGCCAGGAGGCCUCCGCUUCAGGCAAGUCAUUUUAUGCUUGGGUUAUAUAGGUGAAAAAGCACCCUCUCAUUUUCCAGAUAGUUUUUCCGUUUGCUUGCCUGUGGACCGUGGACUCCAUCAUCCGUUUAGUCUGUCAACCUGGACAUCAUCGGCGUAUCAACGUUCGAUCGUUCAUCCGGGACAUCGUUGGUGCUUCGGCGCCCGCGGAGGCCAGGAGGCCUCCGCUCCAGGGAAGUCUAUUUUGGUUUGGGUUAUAUAGAUGAAAAAGCACCCUCUCAUCUUUCAGGAUAGCUUUCCCAUCGUAAAUCCGCGGCAUCCGGCCGUGGGACAAUCGAAUAUCCGUCCGUGGGAUUUCCGGCGAUCCGUCUGUGGGACAACCGUCCAACGGAUUCGUGUUCGGUCAUCCGAGUGAAUCAUCCCGUCCAUCAAGUGCAUCCGUGUUGGCAGAACCGUAGAAGGAACAGUAGGGUAAAUGAUGAUGGUUGGACCAAUUUGGGGUGUUUCAACACGAAACCAAAAUUCAAGUCAAGUUUUCCCUAUUAUUAUAAUAUUUUAAUAUGCUAAUUUUGGUACUGAUGGAAAGAUCUACUCUUCUAGUUUGUGAAAAGCCCGAGAAAACAUAAAUUUACUUUAAAAAAGUCCAUAAAAAUAGUUUUAUUCAAGCAGUAAAUUUUCAUCUUAGUUGGACCAACGCUGAUCAUGGUUGGACCAGAAGUCCGAUGAUGGUUGGACCUACUGGGAGAAAUAGUUUGUUCAAAAAGCCAUCACAUAUUAAUAAAACAAAAAGCUAUACAGACUUGUAAUGCAAAUUUUUAAAACUUGUGAGCAGUUUUUAGAGCGCGAGCAUGAUUUAUUAUCUUUGGAGUCGCGUCGAUUAUGAAUCAAAUGGUACGAGUGUUAGAGGGAUUAUCAGGGUGGUAACUAUACUCAUAUGAAGGAAAACAGAACAAAUCCAUAAUAUUUUAUGUAUGUUUAUUUUAAGGAACCAGUUCACAAGAUUAAAUUAUACAAAUUAUACAAAUUAAAUUAUACAAAUUCCAAAAAGACAUUUACAAAGACUGUUCCCGAUCUGAAGUCAUAUGUGAAUCGGCUGCCCAGUUUGACUGAUAGGCCAUCAACGGCUCCUCCAUGUUGAAGCCUUUGGCAGCUUGGUCAUCCCUCAGACAUCCGCGGGCUCGACGUUUAAACUGCCCUGGGUGGUAAUGCCGCUCAAACGCACCAGUUUCCGACCAAUAUCUGUGGAUGGUGCUUUAUUUCACGAGACAACAACGUCGAUGAACUUCAAUCAGUGGCAAAUCGGUCACCGGAUCGAUUGGCCCUCGAAUCACGUAACGAUUGGCCCUCCAAGUCUCUAACACGCACUGACUGGUUAGUUGAAUAGUUCCCGAAUUUUAACCUCUCGCGUUGUAUUUCAACUGCAGCCUUUAUUUCGAUAUUAGAGCCUACAACGCACUGAAACUCUCCAUUAUACGUAAUGUAAGUACGCGUGAAAAAAGUAAAUAAACAGAGCUAAUCCUAGCAACCAACAUGGUAACGGUUAGGUCCAACCAGAAUUAUUCGUAGGACCAAUCAUGAUCAUAAUCAGUUUAAUUGAUAUCGCUAAUUAAAGGGAUUUUUUAUACGAAAGCUAUGAAAUAAUAAUUUCCUAACGUAAAUUUCACAUGUUUUCGCAAUAGUAAAAUGCAUAAAGUUCAUAGAUUUGUUACAGAAUAUUCAUUUUAUUGAGGGUACAAAAUUCGUUAUUUUGGUGUCCCCACUCUACUUAGAGUGAGGCUUUCUAAAACAUACAUUUUUGAACAGAUUUGAAGGUAAAUUAACAAAAAAUCAAAGUGUAUUGAAUGAAUAAAAAGUUAUUUUUUGACAUUAGUGAGAUAUUACUUCAAGUUUUUAAGAAAAAGCUGGCAUAAUCGACUAAUUUCCAAAUUGGUCCAACCACGAUCAGUUUUAGGACUGGUCCAACCAUCAUCAUUUACCCUAGCAGUCUUCGCAGUAGAGCAGUCGUCGAACAUCCGAAGCCAUCGUCAUCGAGUCGACAGUCAUUGGCAGUUAGCUUCAACAGAAGAAUAGCAGUCGUCGGUUUCGUACCGCUGGCGUCAUCCCUUGAUUAGUAACAGCAGUCAGUGUAGCAUAAGAUUCAGUCUAGGCAAUAGUGUUUUUGAAAUCACUUUGAUUCCAAGGUGGGCGGUAUGUUUGUACGCAAAUGAAUUGUAUCACCCUAAGCAGCAUACAAUCCACAUGAGAGAAUCUCUCUCAGUAUCUCUUGUCUCCCGAUCAACCUACAUCUCAUUAGAUGCAGGUUCAAGCUAUCCAUUGUAAUGCAAUAUAGACCAGUUACCCACAGAUCGCCCGUGCGCGUGCACCUAUCGUUCUACCGCGACCGUUUUGAAGAACCAAUAAAUUCAAUUCGGUUGUACCGGCCCAGUUUUUAUUAGUACACAAUAAAGUGCUUUUAAUUCCUUAAUCGCGGGUCGAGUUCAGUGCCGUAUCCGAAAUCCGGUUCCAGUGUGAUCCUGUCGGAACAAAUACGUCCAAAAAUGUUUCGUGUAGUUCAUUCAGAAGAGCAUCUAUAGAUUUCCUCAGAAAAUUUACCAAGAAAUCUUUAAGAAAAGCUUCAAGGAAUUUAUCUGAGAAUUUAGAAAUUCCUCCGAUGCUCCGUAGAGAUUCUUAAAUAAAAAUAAACCAAUAACUCCUUUAUAAAAACUUCCAUGCAUUCUUUUUGAAAGUGCUCCAUGAAUUCUUUUGAAAAACCUACCAUGUAUCCCUUUCAGAAAAUUAUCCACUAAUUCCAUCAGAAAAAUCUCUAGAGCUUCUCACAGAAAUUUCUCCAGUAGAUGCUUCAGAAAUUUUGAAGGCAUUCGUUCAAAAAUCUUCCAUGAAUUUUUUGAGAAAUCGAUCUUCAAAACAGCCUCCUGGAAUUUAUCCUGGGGUUUCUUAAUAUUAAUGUCUUAAUUCCCUUUAAAAUAAAUUAAUUAGGAUGUUUUCCGUAAAUUCUCUCUGAGAUUCCGCCAGAAAUAACUUCAGAAAUUCUUUCUUCUAUUCCAUCAGAAAAUUUUUCAGCGAUUUCUUCGGGAAAUCUUCUAACGAUUUAUUAAGGAAUUUGUCUAUGGAUUGCAAUGUAAAUUUCCUUAGAUAUUCGUACGGAGAUUUUUCAAUGAGUUUCUUCGCGUGCGCCUCCAUGUUUUUUGCACAAACAUCUAGAGGAUUUUCUUCAAGGAGGAAAUCUUUCAAAAAUAUAUUCAAAAAUAUUUUCUCAGAUUUUUUUUAAUUUCCACAGAUUUUUAUCCUGGAAUCUAUACAGAUGUAUUUCUAUAUGUAAGGUACCCCGGGGCAAGUGAGAAUCCGGGGCAAGUGAGACCUACAGCUAUUAUUUUUAUUAUUAUCUAUUUUUAAUGCAAACGUUCUUCGUGGAAAACAUAGGUACCACACCAACAGAUACUUUGAAUACAAAAAUUGUUAUUGUUUCCAGCAUAAAGAGACCAUAUAUGUUAUUGUUGUUCAUAUAUCAUUUUCAAUUCACUAAGUGAGAUUAACGUACUCUACUACAUUCGUCGUUUAAAAAAAGAAUAACAAAUAAAGUCAAACUUUUCCAGUUUCAGGAUAAUAUUUGGAGUGCUUGCAAAUUAUUUCAAGCGAAAAAGAGGUAACUUAUUUUCAUUUAUUACCUUUAGUUAACUGCUCUCACUUAUCCCAGUACGUUUCAGCAUCUGGGGCAAGUGAGACCUAUAAGAGUAAACAAACAAACAAACGCAAUUUCAUAGUUUGUUCUAACUUUCUUCAGCUUAAGUCGAAAUUUACACAAAACUGAAGUAAAAAUCGGUGUCUUACAUAAUCAGGCGUUGAAAUAUACUUAAUUACUUCUAUUUUGAUGAUGAAGCUAUUAUUUAAAUUGGUGAAGUCUCGGGUAUUUUUUUUUCGAAACCAUCUAUUUUUCACAUGUUUGUCUAUCAUUCCAUUAUUUUUUCACUGCAAAAUAAGUUUUUCUGAGUGUUAAGGAACCGUCUAUAAUGUAUAAAAAAAUAGGAAAACGACCUAUUCAAAUGAUUUGAAAAAUCUUUAAAAAUCUUUAAUGGUCGUAAAAUUAUGUAUGGGAAAACAUAACAUCUGUAAAUCUUGAAAAAUCUUUUGGUGAGAUUCAUCAACUAUGUAAUAUGAAAAGCAAGUUUCGAAAUCUUCCGUCAUUUAACUUUAUGGUGCUUUUUGUGUAAAAAAAAUCAAUAGGGUUUGCACGAGCUGCUAGAGUUAAAUCAACUUUUUCUCUCAGUAAUUCGUUAUUAUAUGUGUUACGUAAUUUAUGCAAGGUACCACAAAACUCUUCCAACACAAAUUUCUGAACAAAGUUAAUCGUAUGAGAUAUUUAUACUUAUGCUACCUUACCAGCAGCAACUAUAUUAAGUCAUAUGUACAACAAUUCCGAAUAGGUCCCACUUGCCCCGUGAAACGGAGUAUAGGAAGAUCUGCUACACUUUUCUUUAUAUGCAUGAUAUAUAGAAUUUAAAAAAUUUGAAACAGUUUUAAUGCCCGUUAAUAUGAAGAAAUAUACCAACAAUGUCUUUUAGAACCUUUGAAAUUAUAAAAUUAUUUAUGUUCAGAAUUUUUUGCCAUAAAAAAAUCAAACUAGCACUUUUUUAGGUCCCACUUGCCCCGGGGUACCUUAUCUUAAGAUUUUUGGAAGAAGAAACACUAAUCUACGAGAAAUUUCUGAAAAUCAUCGAUAAGUUUUAUAAGAGGACUUCUCCAAGUAUGUGUUUUAAUUUCUCGAAAAAUUCUUCAAGUGUUUCAGCAAACGUCAUUUAGGGAGUUCCUCCAGGAAUUUAUUCAGAUUUUUAGGUUUUUUAUUCAAAAUCUUCAUUGUGUUACACACAAAUUCCUCCUGGGAUUCUUUCAAGAAUGCCUUCAGGAGUUCUUGAAGGUAAUUUACUGGAAAUUUCUCCAGAACUACCGUCAAGGUUUAUUUCAGAAUUUAUACAGAAAUUUAUUUUAAAAUUUCUUUAGAAAAUACUUCAGAAGAAGUUCCAGAAAUUUUCUCCUGUAUUUUAGGGUUUUCUUCAAGAAUUUCAGCAAGAAAAUUCUUCAAUCUUCCUUCAAGCUUCCUCGACGAAAUUCUCUGAAGCAGUCACUGAAGUAAUCUCUGGAGGAAUGCAAGAAGUAAUCCUUAUGAAAUCUUUUGAAGGGCUUCCUGAAAGAAUUUGUAUAGAAACUUAAAAACGAACGUUCAAUAAACAAUGUCUGAAAGAAUUUUUGAAAAACUUUUGAAAAAAAAAUGAUUUGUAUAGUUUCUUUGUCGAACAAAUUUGUAUA